AUGUCUAUUUCUAUCACUGGGAUUGAGGAUAUCCAGAAGAGUGCACUCGAGAUUUCGAACAAGACCUCGGCGUUGUUGGAGGAGUUAACAAAGACGGCAGAAGUUCUAAAUGAACACAUCCUCCUCAACAUCACCGGUGAGUUGACUGGAUUCCUCGACUCGGCCAAUGAGUCGGCGAUUGCAUUUUCAGAACUGCAAGCUACGAGGAGCGUCAAAGCCCGUCACAUUGCCUCGGAGCUACGA